UGAUUGUAAUAAUGUAAUUUGUACUGCAGAUUUUCCGUGAUCCGUCCUCGCAUAGCCACUCCUAUCUUGGAAUUAUAUAUAUUUUUUUGUUUUUUAUUAAUGCUGUUUUACGAGAUAUGUAGUUUUGUGCAUUGUUAAUGUGAUUGUGCUGUUAUGACUUAAGUUUUAAGAACCCAGGAUUCCGAGGAAGUUACAAUGACGGGUCGCUCAGGUCGUGGAGUAUUUGGUAAACUCUUCUCAAAAAAGCUAACUAACAGGGAUGACAGAGUCACAGAGAUUGGAAUGCCGACGAACGUCAAGCAACAUAUACAUGUUAGCAUGAAUUCCGAAACUGGAAUGUUAGAGGGAUUACCCGCAUCAUGGAUAAGACAAUUAAACGCACAAAUUUCGCCUGCUGAACAAAACGAAAAUCCAAACGCAGCAAUCCAAGCUGUGGCCUUCCACAAUUUUCAUGUUUUAAAAAAGGAACAGGCAGAAAAAGAACCAUGCAAGCCUAUAGUAACAGAAGAGGCUAUAACCAAGGAAGGAAUAGAGAUGAAAAAGUUUUUAGCAAAGAAGAAUGCUCAUCAAAGCCAAGAUUCAAAUAUUUCUAUUGGUCAAAGUAGUGAAGAGGAUGUCGGAAGCAGUACAGAUACAUUAUCACAAAGGCAAACAAUGCCUGUAGCACCAACCAAAAAUAGUAUUAAGAAGAAAGACCCAAUGAUGGGCUUAACAGCUGUCGUACAAGAUCUAUCAUUAAUUGGCAAUGAACCUGAGGAGAGUCCUAUACUGAGGAAAAAAGAGUUAGCAAAUUCUCUUAUGUCAGAUGACGAAAUAUAUGAUGAACUGAGAAGGAUUUGCAAUAGAGAUGACCCGUAUGUGAGAUUUGAGCGAAUUAAACAACUUGGUGCUGGGGCUUCAGGCGUCGUCUUCAUUGCAAUUGAUAGAAAGGACAAUUCACGUGUUGCCAUUAAGGAUAUUGACUUAACUAAACAAAGUAAAAAGGAUCUCAUUCUAAACGAAAUUAAUGUCUUAAAAGGUUUUAAUCACAAAAAUUUGGUCAACUUCCUUGACGCGUUUCUCAGCUGCGAUAAUCUGUGGGUGGCUAUGGAAUUACUCGAUGGUGGUUCACUCACAGACGUGGUAACGGAAGUUGUAAUGAAGGAAGGUCAAAUUGCAGCGGUCUGUCGUGAAACAUUACAAGCAAUUGCGUUUUUACAUUCGAAAGGUACAAUUCAUAGGGAUAUAAAAUCGGAUAAUGUACUCCUUGGAAUGGAUGGUACUGUGAAAGUCACAGAUUUCGGUUUCUGUGCCAAUAUAGUUGGUGAUGAAAAGAGGCAAACCAUGGUUGGGACUCCUUACUGGAUGGCCCCAGAGGUUGUUAAAAGAAAACAGUAUGGCAAGAAAGUUGAUGUUUGGUCGCUCGGCAUAAUGGCUAUAGAAAUGAUAGAAGGAGAACCGCCUUAUAUGAAAGAAACGCCCCUUAGAGCACUUUAUUUCAUAGCAGCAGUGGGAAGACCAAAGAUACCGAGAUGGGAGAAACUAUCUCCUGCCUUCCAAGACUUUUUGGACAAAUGUCUACAAGUUGAUGCCGAUGACAGAGCAACAGCCGAAGAACUUUUAUGCCACCCAUUCCUUGAGUGUGCCAUGGAAUUGAGAACUCUAACGCCCCUUAUAAAGGCUGCGCAAAAGAUUCUACACAAGAACUUCGACUGAAAUGUAUUGGCUGGUAAGAUUGCUACAGGGACUGGCAAACAUCUUGGAAACUAAACAGCAUUUGAUGGGUGCAUUGAUGAUUACACUGCACUUUUAGCUAUAAAAUUAGUCGCCUUCAGUUCUCCAACAAGUUUUUAAAUCGGUAAAACUUAUAAAUGGAAUUAAAUCAAGAUUUUUGCCUGAUCCAUUGUAGUUCGCUACUUUAUUACUGCAAUAUUUGGUGCGCAUUUUUUGAUACAUAGCAUUUUUAACUCAAUAGGACCUAAGAACCGUAAUUUUUGAAGAUUUUUCUUGUUGUAAGUAAUAGCUUUUAUAUUUUUAUGUGUAUUUAAUAUACGUCUUAUAAUACUGUGCCAAUGGUGGUUCGCUAUGCCUAUUGCUACCAAAAUUCGGACUAAAUUAUAAUAAUAGUACCUAAGUGGCUUAGUGAUUACAAUUCCACGUCAUAAUAAUAAUAUGUUCAUUAUAAUAACGCGGACGUGAGAUAAGAUCUUUUACGUACGUUUGUUUGACUCUGUAUUUAAAGACUUCGUGUACUUUGGAUUUGAACUCCCAAAUUUUUCAAGGACAUAUUUACAAUGCGCGCGGUUUUAAGUUUUACCUACUUUUCGUAGGUAGUAGUGUCUUUUUGGUAAUAUCGUAUCUAAUUACAUAAUAUGUAGGUACUUAGGUAUUGAACCGUAUUUAUACUUGGUAGUACGUUAACGUAAAAUCCAUAGUCUGAUGAAAAUUGUGAAGUAUUACUUGUAGUUAGGUACAAUUACAAUUCGGAGCCUUGUAUGGUGCUUCACGUAUCUUUAUUGAUAGCGUAUCUACUGAUAAGCAUCACAAUUUAAACUUCAGGUGAACGACAUGCUAGUCUAAAGACUAAAUAAACCAUUAAUAUACUCAAUGUAUAAGUUAAAUCAAAGCAAACACCCAUUCUACAAAAUAAAUAUGUCGGUUCACACGAGUAGUACCUUGGUAUUGUUAUCCAAUUAGCAGCGCGUCGCGUCUGCGGAGUUAUCAUUGACCAAUUUGUUACAACAGUACCUAAUAUCAAAAGAUUAUAGCAUUCAGUUCUCGUCCUCUUGUAUCCUAGCUAUCUUUUGUUUCUGCUAACGCUAGUAAGCGUUUAUUGCAAUUAAAUUCGUAGAUGUUUUAUGCCUUAGAUAAUUUAUAUCUUAAGAUAGAGCCUCUUGCCGUUAAGAAGGUUUAUUACUUUAGUGUGCGUGCCAAACUGCGUCUUACACUCGCGAUAUGUAUGUCACUUUGUUUUAGUGUGCGUGCGCUGCUGCAAAUAGAAUUUCACAGUCCACUUUUUUUCGAUGUUGUCACAGCUAUUGACAUUGAGAUUCUAAACGUAUAAAUUAUCUAAGCAGUAUAGAUUCGCAGGCUACUUUGCACAGGAUUUCGGAUAGCCUAGGAUAUAGUCUAGGCGCCUCUUUCUGCACGUAAGCAUUAGUGUAGUUUCUGGGCUAAUUAGACUUAACAGCUUGACUCAAAAUGGUGAGACACGUUCAACAAAACACAACAAAGACUCGUUGGCAGUUACCACAAUGCCAGAACCGAAAUGUUGGCGUUUCUAAAUUUCCCUUUCUUUCCUCCCCAUUUAUUUAUUCAACAGAAACAAACUGUCACAUUCAUAAAUUGAUUACAUAAAAAGGAUAUUAAAUCUAGACCUAAAGUUCCCUAAUUUUUAAAACAGCCAAUACAGAUAUGAAAAUUAGUAAGUUACAACAAACAAUAUAAUUCUAAAUUUGGUUACAAGUUUUUAAAUGUAUGGUUACAGCAUUUUUAAAUGAAGCUAAUGACUUAAACAUGAAAAGGUCUAAGUGGCAAAGUUCGGUAUUCAUAUAAUUACACACUCUUCUGAUAAAACAAUUUUUAACAUAAGCGGUCCUGCUAUGCGGAAUGCUAAAUAACGGUUUACUAACACAUUUACGCUCACAUCUACGGGGUACUCUAAAUGUAAUGUUAUGCAAAAUGGCUGGAACGUCAAUCACGUUAUUGAGAAUUUUGAAGAAUAAUAUAGAAUCAAAAUAAUUGCGACGAAACUGUAAAGACAUAAUGUUGAAUUUUUUUAUUGAAAUCUCAUAGUCCACAUGUUCGUGACAAAACCUAUAAUCCAGACAUCUUACAAACUUUUUUUGAACACAUUCUAUUCUAUCGAUAUGUUUACUAUAUACAGGAUGCCGGACUGUACAAGCGAACUCAAGAUGACUUCGCACAAAAUUGUUGUAUAAUAUUUUAUAGGUCAUUGGAGACUUGAAAGGCUUAGUCACUCGCAACACAAAUCCCAGUUGUUUAUACGCAUUUGUUAAAAUGUGAUCUAUUAUCAUUUACAAGUUAUAUAUAAAAUUUAUCGCGAGUUAAUUUACCGUCGUUGCCAGAUUUUCAUGUACGUACUGCGCAUAGGGACAGGUUUAUCAUCUCUGCAAAAAAAUCUAUGCCUUACUUACAGAGUAAAAAUUUCCGAUUUUCAAUUGCCGCAGAAGAGUUCUGUCGAUGGUGCGACCUUUCGAAGCUGUGUGUCAUCGAACUAUUGUUUUGUCGAACGUGUCUUCUGUUACUAUUACAAUAUAGUCGAACUAGUGUCUUGUCGAAGUUCAAUAUGACACCGCGUUACUUCGGCGUCCAUCCUGCUUAUCUUAUUACGCGCGAAAAUUUGAAAUGUAAAAGUAAUUCCAUAUUGUGUUUUCAAUCAUAUCAAAAUUGUGGUUCUAAUGGUUUAUUUAGCUUGGGAUGGAAUUGAAAUAGUUUAAAAAAAAUGUUAUACCCGAUUUUACGGCGCUUCGCUAUUAUAGAGAGUAGUAUAAAUAAUAUAAUUAAGACUAAAUACUUACCUACUAAUAAAAUGCUCUUCAUAUGAAUUCAAAAGCUUUUGAUAUAAUUUUUACGCGAUUCAACGAAAUUAAGACUUAAUUUUUGAGUUUAAAAAUGACCAUAGACAAAUAAUUUGAAACUUAGGAAUUUAAACAUAAACUCGCAGUGCGUACAUGCAUGCAUCACUGCUUGGUAAUAUUUUUUUACGAUAAAAAAACAAAAUAUUUUUCUAUUCUAUCAUUCACAUUCCUUUUUCAAUCACCGAAAACUGACCAAAUAUUUUUGUACUUGAAGUAUUGUAGUCACUGACCUCGACUAUAUAUCAAUGGACUGGCGGCUGUCAAAGUGCUUUUAUGCCUAUUUGAUAUUCGCCAUUUUGGCGCUGUUGGCCGUGCAGCGAGAGUCUGCGGUACUAAAACUAGUGAUGACAACCUUGGCAAACAUCGAUGGAUGGUCGGAAACUAUUUACAAAAAAAAAAUUGUGUACUUUAUUACGUUGAUGCUUGAAGUAUGAACAACACGGAAAACGAACGAAAUUAAUACAACAUGCCAAAAUACUUCAGGGUAUUUUACGUUCCUUCGCAGCCAUUUGUAUUAUACGUCAAAAUUAGUUCUCUGGACGCUCGCGAGUGGUGCUUCACAUAGGCACAAAAAAUUGCUGUCAAACAUAUGGAACAGCCUGUCGAGUGGUAUAUGAACGGGUCAGUUAUUGUAGUGCUUCUAAUAUUAAGACUUUAAUUAAGACUGUACUCUUCCGGCAUUAUUUGCGUCUAGCACUUGCUCAGUUACUAAUGUAUUUCUUUUUAGGUACGUUUACAUUUAGUAAUAAAAAUGUUUGUAGUAUGUUUACAAAAUAUUAUAUAUUUAGAAUAGAAAUGUGGUUGAUACCGUUAAAAUUGUCGAUGUAGAUUGCAGACUAGUCUUAACUGCACUUGUAUAUGCAUUUCUUUAUUAAGAUUAAAUAGUUUUGUGGCCAUUUUAGUAUUGAUAACUAUGUUUAAUUGAUUAGUACAUACCUACAAAAUAGAAUAAGGUAAUUACCAUUUAAGAUAUAGCGGGCAAUAUGAGGUACCAUGUUAAUUUACAGUCAAUUCCAUAAUUUUCUUACUUUUGUAAAUUAGUUUCCUGUUGAAAACAUUGAUAUAUUAUAAAAACCCUAGUAUCACAAUCAUUCUCAAAAAACUGACUUCACUCAUUUUGUGUUUUUUAGGGUUCCAUAGCCAAAUGGAGCACUUAUAGAUCUUUAUAUAUGUUUGCCUGUCCGUGUAUGUCACCGCCACUUAUUUCCAAAACUAUAUACUGUUGAAGCUUGGUAGGUAUUCUGUGAACUGCAUUAAGAUUACACAAAAAUAAAAGAAAACAUUAAAUUAUGGGGGUUCCCCAUAUUUAGAAAACUCAAUUUUUUUCAUUUUUGAUUUGAUGAAAAAAAAUUUUCAACAGUAUAAUUUCAUAUGGUUUUGGAAAAAAGUGGCUGUGACAUACGGACGGACAGACAUACAUGACGAAUCUAUAACGGAAUCCUAAUAAAAUUUUCGGGCGACAAUUUGUAUGACUUAGUAUAGUUCUGUGUUUCACUUUUGCACUCUUGUCAAUGUAAUACUGUUAUCAAAAUAUUUGUUUUUGUCAAUAUUUAGUCAAGAAAUUUGCCUAGAAUAUUUUUGUGUUAAUUCGUAAUAAAGUGCAUGUGAGCAUAUUAUAGAUAACAGUUCUCAUUUGAACGAACACUUUGGUCGUAAAAUAUUUCUUUUUAGAUAGUUUUGUACAAUGAACCUUACUAUGAAGCGGUUAAUUUGCAUUUACACAUUGGGUGAUGACACACAAUAGCUGUGUUUUAUCGAUCAACGGUAUGGUGCGUCGUUUACACAAGUGUUGCGUUUACCAAAAAAUCGACGCACUUAAGCGGCUUAACACGCAGAGUACGUUGUUUGGCAUAGCGAGUAACGCGGUAUUUUGCAGAUUUAGAUAACAAACAUUUGAGAUUUUUGGCCUAUAUUUUAUUAUGAAGUGAAUUCACGCAACUAAAUAACGAAAAUAAAGAAUUUUCUAGAAAACUUAGAAAUUUCAAUUUGUUUUAAAUAUAUAAUGUUUGUGUAGUAAAUAAAACUACCAAACAUUUAACAACUUUGGAUAACUUUAAGUGUAACUUCUGUAUAGAAUGCUGUAUCUUGGGUUAUUAUAAUGGAUUAAUGCCUAAAAGCAAUCUUGCAAUUGGAAUUUUGAAAUAUUAAAAUUUAAGUGUUGCUAUUUAUUAUUUUGGUUUUGGUGUUUCUACCAUGAGUGCCUGCUCUAUGGUAGUAUGUAUGGUAGAAUUUAUGUUAGGGUAAUGUGAGCAAAAGUUAUAUUUGUUAUAAAUUUUAGACUUUGCUAGCGCACAACGAAUCGUUUUUAUAGAGCUGUACCACUUAGCUGUAAGAUUGUAUACACCAAUGACAUUUUUUAAUGUUUUAUUCAAGCACAGAACACCCAAUCAGUGUUUGACAUAUAAUAUAAAGAUUCAUUGGAAAUAUUUUAUCUUAAAAAGAAUAAGAUAUAAUCAGCAUCUUUUAUUAAUCUUCCAUCAAUAGUUAAUUCGAAUUACAGACAGUUUAGUUCUACUUCAAACACACCAUGUGUGUUUUGUGCUUCAGAGUUGCCUAUUAAAUUAUUUUUAUAUAAUUAA